AUGACUGAGCCAGCGACCAAAGUCGAGGGACUGCCCAAGUUCUCCCGCCACAUCACCACGCACGAUGCAAACGGAGUAGCAAGAUUCGCAACGGCUGACCCAGCGGAUCCGAGCUCUUCUGCUGCCAGAACACUAUCCCCCAACCCUACGUGGUCGAAUUUUCCCACGUCUGGGUUCGGACUCGCGUAUGCAACAGACACGAUCCCGGCCGACUUCAACGGCAACGCCGAUUUGGACGCCUACAACGGGUACCUGCAGAAACACCCAGGCAUCACCAUCAAGGGCGGAUCAGUGUGUCGGGUGGUGGACAUGGCUCCUGGCGCCAAGUCGCCCAUGCAUCGCACCAUUUCGAUCGACUAUGGCGUGGUGCUGGAGGGCGAGGUGGAAUUGGAACUGGAUUCUGGCGAGAAAAGGCUUGUUAGGCGGGGAGACAUCUUUGUCCAGCGAGGGACAAUGCACAUGUGGAGGAACCCCAGCGAUUCGCAACCUGUAAGGCUGCUAGCGAUCCAGCUGGACAGCAAGGAAGUUGAGGUGGACGGCAAGGGGCCUCUGCCUGAAUUGUUCCUCUCGUAA